CUAUUCAAAAGUUUAUAUGCAAUGUGCUUAUAUUCUUCAGGUUCGUUGUUUGGUCAAAACAAGCCUACAACAAAUCUCUUUGGUCAGCAAAACACAGGCACUCAAGGUUCACUAUUCGGCCAGAAAUCUACUACUAGCCUCUUCGGUCAAAGCACUCCGGCCGCAGGAACAUCAAUUUUUGUUCAUGUCACAUCAAUGAAUUGUGGUUUUUGUAUCCUUACGUGGCAUAAUAUCACCGAGCUCGAAAUAACCUUGUCUUAUUUAGCGGCAUCCACUGUAAAUGGAACCACUAUCAAAUUCGAGCCUCUGGUGUCUUCUGACACAAUGAUGAAAAACGGCUCCCAGACUACAAUACAAACCAAACACAUGUGCAUAACGGCUAUGAAAGCUUACGAAGGCAAAAGUAUUGAGGAACUUCGAAUAGAUGAUUACAUCGCCAAUAGAAAAACACCGUCAACAAGUGGUGGCUUGUUUGGUAGUUCAACGGCGACUAAUGCUGGUACUAGCAUAUUUGGUAGCACUCCUGCCAAGCCAUCGCUAUUUGGUUCAUCUACUUCAACUACGUCACCGUUUGGCGCAACACAAGGAAGUACAAACACAGGAGGAUUGUUUGGUUCAAAUACGGCCACAACGAACACAGGUAGCCUGUUUGGCAAACCAGCCGGAACGAGCGCAUUUUCUUUUGGAACCCCUUCAAAUACGACAUUUGGUCAAACUACUACAGGCAGUCUUUUCGGCAACACUCAGAAGCCAGGAGGAUUAUUUGGUAGUAGUACUAAUACCACAGGUCAGCUUACAAAUAAAACUGUUGUAUUGGGUCUAGGCUUAUUUUCUUCACUUGCCUGUUCUGUACCCACACUAGGCUCUAAAUUCGUAGUGUUCUCAAGAACUUGCCAAAGUUCGAUGCUGUUGCCAGGUUCCGUAUUUGGAAGCCAACCUGCGCAGCAGAGCACUGGUCUUUUUGGAAGUACGCAACCAGCACAAACGUCACUUUUCGGAGCAAAUACGGCAAACCAGCAGGCAAAUACAAGUAAGCAUGGCAUCUUACUUGGUAUUAUGGACUUAUGUUAUUUCACAAUUCUUUUUGUAGCUUUUGGUGCCGCUGCUCCAACUACUAUAAAUGUCCCCGCUGCUGCUCCAAUCGUACUUGGCUCCGAUGUAAACCAAGCUCAGGUCCGCUUCAUGUUACAGUCUUUGAUUAGCUUGAGACCUGUUUGUGAAAUACAAAUGGCACUUCUGGAUGCCCAAAUAGCAGCGUGUCCCUAUGGUGAUUCGCCCUUGCUGAAGAUGGGUACUGUAAAGGACACUGAUGAAACGCCGAAUCCAAUAAGUACUCAAAGGCAGUUGAAGUUUUUGGCGGCAAAAAGCGCUAAAUCGUCCCCUUUAAAUGCAUCGAUGAUGAAUGGGAGCACCGGUUCAGCUUCCUUGAACGGCUCUCUGAUAUCUUCGAAGAGCUCUUUCUUGCCUAUCGUUCCACCGAAGAAACAACUUACAUACGUACUCUGUCUCCUUACACACCUUUCAUCUUUGACUGUAUUUAAGAAUUCGAUUGGAUGA